UUCCCUGAACAUUCCAAGAUCGAGCAUUAAUAUUCUCAAUAAUAUAUAUAUAUAUAUCCCCAUCAUCGUCCGCUACAGAAAGAGAGAGGAUGGUUAGAGAGAUGGGUGGAUGACUCCCACCCACUCAAUCAUAAGCCCGACCCAACCCUCUUCCUCCCUCCAUGGGACAUCACAUUCAUCCUCAGUCUCUCUCUCUCUCUCUCUCUCCCCCAUAAAUCCGUAACUCUCUAACCUUUUCCCCCCUUAAAAACCACUAUACAUGCAUCACAUAAACGAAAGGAAACCACUAAGACACCCCACUUACAUACCAUACCAUUUCAGUUUGCUAUUUUGCCCGACACAUUUUCGUGUUAGUGUUCCAAGCAGCAGUUUGUUCAAUAUUGUGACAGUAAGAUGCGGGCAUUGUGGCAAUUUGCUGUCUGUGAACAUGGGAGCAUCCUUACAAACACUUCCUCUUCAAGAUCCCCAAUCACAGAAACUGCUCCUUAUUAACUCAGAAGAUUUGAACAAGAACUUUGGCUCAUCUUCCAAAUGUAACAAGGUCACUGCUUCAGAGUCUACUGAGCAUGAACCUCCUAGGAUGCCCGCCAUCCGCCCCCCAGAGAAGAGGCAGCGUGUUCCUUCUGCGUAUAAUCGGUUCAUCAAGGAGGAAAUUCAAAGGAUCAAGGCUAGUAAUCCUGAUAUUAGCCAUAGGGAAGCUUUCAGCACAGCAGCCAAAAAUUGGGCACAUUUUCCUCACAUUCACUUUGGACUGAAGCUGGACAGCAACAAGCACGCUAAAUUAGACCACCAGUCAUUUGCAGGAGAGGGCACCCAAAAAACUAGUGGAUUGUACGAGAUCAAUGGCUCCCUGUGAGUAGCACGUAGAAUUACAUAUCUCUAUUUCAAGCCACGGUUUUUCUAUGUAUAAACAAUAAUAACAACUCGUUCGAUCGAAGAUUAUUACUGCAUAUAAGAGGUUUGAUGUUGAAGUCUCCUAAUUAACAAAAUAGGAAGACCGGCCCCCUCUUGAAGAGCGUCACAGCCCCAUGCAUGCACAAAAACCUUCCCCGUUUCAUAAAUAUAUAUAUUUGUGUGCUAA